AUGGAGGAUUUUCGAGUUGCUUUGGACAAUUGUGAGUUGAAUGAUUUGGGGUUCACUGGGCAUAAGUUCACAUGGACAAACAGACGGCCAGGUUCAGCUCAUACAAAGCAAAGGUUGGAUAGAGCUACGGCUAAUGAAAGUUGGUCUGAAAAGUUCCCUGCAAGUGUGGUUUCCCAUUUAUUUAGUCAUGCUUCUGAUCACAUUCCUAUUCUAUUAACCAUGAAUGAUAGGCGGCUAAGGGGUAGGGGGGCUAGUGGUUUCAGGUUUGAGGAGUGCUGGUUGAUGUGGGAGGAUUGUGAGGAGGCCGUUUUGGAGGCAUGGACAAAAGGAGGACUUGGUAGAUUGGGUUUGAGUGGUUUGAGGGACCAAAUUCAAAGUUGUGGGGUUGAGUUGCAUGCAUGGGGUUCUUCUAAAACUAAACCUGAAACAGAGAAGAUUAAAAGAUUACAAAAGAAGCUGGAACUUUUAAAUGCUAGCGAAAUGACUGAGGAAAGCAGGAAUGAAUUUCUUUUGCUGAGUAAAUAUUUGGAUGAUUUAUUACUAAAGCAAGAGGUUUUUUGGCGUCAAAGAUCCAGGGUGUCAUGGUUAAAGUAUGGAGAUAGGAAUACUAAAUUUUUUCACUCUAAGGCUUCUCAACGAAGGCGUAGGAAUUUUAUUAAGGGAAUAAAGAAUGCUGAAGGGGUUUGGGUGGAAGAGGUGGAUGAGGUACUUGUGACAAAAUGGAGGAAUGCCUUGACGCAGUUAACUGGAGGAUGUCGCGGAUAUGUUGGAGGUGCUUUCCAGGCCGUACAGUAG